AUGUAUUACCUACCCACCGUGAAUCUGCAUAAACUUAACAUUCUCUCCCUCGGUACUGUGGCGAAACGUACUGAGCUGGAGAAGGCGAUGGCUGCACGCCUGUGUGAUGUGGAAUGCAUAGCCACAGUGGGCGACCUGUGGCACCACAUUCGCGACAAGGAGACAGCUGCUGUCGAGGAGACCUUCGGGCGCGCAAGUUGUAAGCGGCCCGUUUGGUUUGAUGAGAACAAUGCAGCGAUUGGAGCAUUGGUGUGUGAGAAGAAUGCAGCAUUUGCUGCACAUGUGGCAGACCCCAGUGACUUGGGCAGGAUGAGUCAGUUUCCCAAACUUCGACGGUGA